AUGGCGGAUGCCGGCCCCGGACCCGGACCCGUCCUGCUGCCGGUGUCUGACGCCGCGCACCACGCCGCCCGGGUCUUCGUCGCCAUCACCGUGCCGCUGCUCACGCUCUCGCUGGCCACGCUCACCACACGCAUCGUCCUCAAGCUUCGGUCCGGGCUGCGUCCCGGGUGGGACGACGGCCUCAUCGUGCUUGGUUGUCUGCUGGCCGUCGUGGACUGGGCACUGCUCUUGGCCGUGCUGGCCCGGUGCACGAACCAAUCUGCCUCGUUCAUCACGCUGCCGAUGCUGGAGCAGACCAUCAAAUUCGGCAUCAUCGCCACGUCGGUCUGGAAUGUCUCCAUCGCGUGUAUCAAAUGUAGUGUCGCCUGUCUGCUGCUACGCUUCCCCCACCGCCUGGGCUGGAGGAUGGUGCUGUACGCCGUGAUUGGAGUGGUGGUCGCCUGCUCCACCGGCUCCUUCAUAUUCAACCUCCUCCAGUGUCAGCCGUUAGCAGCCGCGUGGGAUGUUACCAUUGUCGGCGCGAGAUGUGUAGGUCCGGCGGGGAUCCGGAUUGGGUCGAAUGUCUCCUCGGGCGUCAAUAUCGCCACGGAUUUUAUCCUGUCUCUCUUCCCCUUAACCUUCCUUCCCAAGCUGCGGCGGCCGGGGAUAGAGAAGCUGCUCGUGGCGAUUCUGAUGGCCAUGGGAUUGACCGCCAGCGCAGCCUCCAUCGCGAAGGCCGUCUUGAUCCGCUCGUGGGGCACUACAGAUGACUGGUUUCCCAUCGGAUUCGCAAUAUCAACUUGGACCUGCGUGGAGAUGUUCCUCGGCAUAAUAGCCGCCUGCUCACCCAGCUUAAAACCAGUGGUUCAGCGAUUCCUCACUUGGUUCGGGAUCGAUUUCAGCCAUUCUGGCGCCUUCUCAUUUUUCGGUAGCAUACACCAAGACCCUGAUCGGGCGGAUACCUCCCCCCGCCAUGUAUCCGCUAGGAAUCCGUCCGAAAAGUCGCCCUCUCAGAAUGCACAUUUCUUACCCUCCGUUGGUAUAUCGCAUUCAACCCCAUCACCAGACGGGGAUGGGCAGGGAAUGUCGGAAAGUGGGAGCGAGGAGUUCAAAAAGGGUUCAGAGGGAAGUCAUGGAUCUAUACAUAUUAUUUAA